AUGGACUGGAAAUUGGAAGGGAGUACUCAGAAAGUAGAGUCACCUGUGCUGCAGGGGCAAGAAGGCAUCCUAGAGGAGACAGGUGAAGAUGGACUUCCUGAAGGCUUCCAGCUUCUGCAGAUCGAUGCGGAAGGCGAGUGCCAGGAGGGAGAGAUCCUGGCCACAGGCAGUACGGCAUGGUGCUCGAAAAAUGUCCAGAGAAAACAGAGACACUGGGAAAAGACAGUUGCAGCAAAGAAGAGCCAAAGAAAGCAAGAAAAAGAACGAAGAAAAGCCAAUCGUGCAGAAAAUCCAGGCAUUUGCCCCCAGCACAGCAAACGUUUCCUGAGAGCUCUAACCAAAGACAAACUUUUGGAAGCCAAACACUCAGGACCAAGACUAUGUAUCGAUUUGAGUAUGACCCACUACAUGUCAAAGAAGGAAUUAAGUAGACUGGCUGGACAGAUUCGAAGGUUGUAUGGUUCAAACAAAAAAGCUGACAGGCCAUUUUGGAUCUGCCUCACUGGAUUCACAACAGACAGUCCCCUUUAUGAAGAGUGUGUGAGGAUGAAUGAUGGAUUUUCUAGUUACCUGUUAGACAUAACAGAAGAAGACUGCUUUAGUUUAUUUCCCUUGGAAACCCUUGUGUACCUGACUCCUGACUCAGAACACGCUCUUGAAGAUGUUGAUCUAAACAAAGUUUACAUCCUCGGUGGGCUUGUGGAUGAAAGCAUUCAGAAGAGACGAAGUCUCUUGAUGUUGCUCAGGCUGGUCUUGAACUCCAGGCCUCAAGCAAUCCUUCUGCCUCAGCCUCCCAAAACACUGGGAUUACAGGCAUGAACCACCCUGUCCAGCCCAAAAUAUGUAUGUAUAUACAGAGAGAAAAAGCAAAAUAUUAACAACUGGUGAGUCUAGAUUACAGGAAUGAAUAUUGAUUGUAUUAUUGUUUUGAACUUCUCUUAGGUUUGAAAUAUUUCAAAGUAAAAAGUUAGGGCCGGGCGUGGUGGCUCACGCCUAUAAUCCCAGCCCUUUGGGAGGCCAAGUCAGGCAGAUCACAAGGUCAAGAGAUCGAUACCAUCCUGGCCAACAUGGUGAAAACCCUGUCUCUACUAAAAAUAUAAAAAUUAGCUGGGUGUGGUGGCGUGUGCCUGUAGUCCCAGCUACUCGGGAGGCUGAGGCAGGAGAAUCUCUUGAACCAGGGAGGCGGAGGUUGCAGUGAGCUGAAAUCACACCACUGUAGUCCAGCCUGGUGACAGAGCGAGACUCUGCUUCAUACACACACAAAGUCUGGAGGGCUGGAGGACUACUUGAACCCAGGAGUUAGAGGCUGCAGAGAACUGUGGUCACACUACCGCACUCCAGCCUGGGUGAUGCAACACAGUGAGACCCUGUCUCUAAAAAAAAAAUAAUAAUAAUAAUUAAAAGUUUAUUAGUCUUACCUGCAGCAGGGUGACAGGCCCCCCCCCCCCCCGCCGCCAAAGACAGGGCCUUGCCCUGCUGCCCAGGCUGGAGGGCAGUGGCACAAUCAGCUCACUCCAGCCUCAACCUCCCAGGCUCAAUUGAUCCCUCUACCUCAGCUUCCCAAGUAGCUGGGACCACAGGUGGGCGCUACCACGCCCAGCUAAUUUUUUGUUGAGUUGGGGUUUCACCAUAUGGCCCAUGCUGGUGUCGAACUGCUGGGCUGAAGUUACCCACCUGCCUCAACCUCCCAAAGUGCUGAGAUUGCAGGCAUGAGCCACGGUGCCUGGCCAACAGUCCCUUUUUUGAGGGAGUUAAGUUCGGAGGGUCAGUGAGCAGUGCAUGACUUACAGAUGUGCAGUUUUAACAUAUUAUCUGUCCACCAACAUUUAAACUGAAAAAUAACUGGAAGAUUUGUGAGAUGUUUAGAACUUUUUGGUUGUUAUUGGAGUUUGGCUUCUUCACAGAAAUAAGCUAAGAACAAUAUUUCUUCAAGGAGAGUCAUUUUAUUAUGAAUCAUUGUGCAAAGAACAUAAACUAAAUUGUAAGCUCUUCUAGGGCAACACCCAAAUAUCCUACUAAUUUUGAAUUCUGUACUUCAAAGUGAUUAUAAAGGAAUAAGACUUUUUAUAAAACAAACGUAUCAUAUAGCUCAUAUAUGCAAAGGAGUUUUAUCCUUUCAAAUAAGUCCUUGUAUCGCUUAAAACAUUUUUGGAAGUUCUAUCUAAAAUUUUGUUUCAUGUGAGAGGCAGGCAGGUGUCAGCACCGAAAAGGUACUAGGUCCACUUCACACUAUUCCACCUGGUUAGACCAUACUCAUGAUGGCCAGUCAGUUAUGGGACCGUCAACAAAAUGAUACUGACUAGCUUAGAACAAGUUCAACUUGUCCUGAAUGAUGAAGGGACUUGAAACUCAGUCAAAGAAGAGUUGACAGAACUGAGGCUACAAUCUGGAGACCAGAGGAUUCCUGGGGGCAUGAUCACUGCCUUCAAGUUUCUGAAUGGCUAUCUUUUGGAAGGGCCAUCUUACUUGCAUGGUUUGGCCUUGGGGGAAUAGACCUAGGAUGAAUGAGUGGAAGUCUCAAAGAAAACAGAGAAUUUUGCUCAAGAUCAAGAAGAAUUUCCUAUCAGCUGGUACUAUCAAAGCUGGAGUGGGUUGUCCCAGGAUGCAUGAACUCCCUGUCACAAGAGCUGUCCACUGAAUGGCCACAUGGCCUCUUGGAGAAGUCAUAGAGAACAGACAAUGAAUGGGUGGUUAGAGUGAUAUAGUUAACACUAUUGAGACCCCUUCCAAGCCUUGGCAUGUUAAUUAUCCCAGUAAUCUGAACCUUUCUCUUUAAUCCUGAAGUCUCAGGUAGAAAAUCUUUCCUGUGCUUCUUACAAGGCAGCAAAUGUAAUCUGACUGAGUCAUGACUCAGUCUGAGGGACUUCAUGACUGAGGAACAUCUUAUAAAGGGACAUCAGUUUCUGUACUCCGACACUAAAUGGCCUCAAGUUGAUGGACUUCUUGUGACUCCUUUUUGCAGUUUUCAGAGCCCUUCCUUUUAUUUUUGAGACAGGGUCUCCUCUGUCAC